CGCUUUUGAAGGACACCAGCCGGUCGAGGAGGCACCUCCGCACCAAGGACAAGCCGACCGGACGCGCUCCUGCGGCCGCAGUGGCGGACGCGAACUCCCGGUGCGGCAGAUCCAGAGGACCCCCUCCCUCCCCCUCCUCCUCCCCCCCGAGGGGAAGGCGUGCGCGACGGCGUCCGCAGAGGCUCUCCUCCCGGCACGACUCGUCUGACAUACACGUCGACCAGGUAGAUGGGGAAAGAACGAGAAGCAGCCGCCACGUAGAGGAGGCGUCGCGAGGCGGGUCACGUUGCCACGCGCGGCUCGUGUCGUUACGUCACGUUUACGCGGUGAACUCGGUCCCCGCAAACGGCCGCCUGCUCGCGUUGGGGUUUUGUAAACACGGGCGCAUUUCUUCCCCUUUAAGAGAUGAGGUGGCAGCGUUUUCAUCCUUGGCUCCCAUCCGCCUGCUCCGCGAAGCUUUAACCGUUCCAUGUUUAAUCCACAGCUCUUCGGGACUCUCAGCAUGUCGAGCACGGACAACGGCUUUGCAAACUCCGCGGAAGCCAAGAAGGCAGAGAUGAGAAUGAACGAGAAGAAGUGCUCGUGGGCCUCCUACAUGACAAAUUCUCCCACGGUGAUCGUAAUGAUCGGCCUGCCCGCGAGAGGCAAGACCUACAUGUCAAAGAAACUCACCCGGUACCUCAACUGGAUCGGAGUACCCACCAAGGUGUUUAACUUGGGCGUGUACCGCAGAGAGGCCGUCAGAGCUUACAAGUCCUAUGAUUUCUUCCGGCACGACAAUGAGGAAGCCAUGAAAAUAAGGAAGCAGUGUGCUCUGGUUGCUCUGCAGGAUGUGAAGGCGUACCUGUUGGCGGAGGGAGGUCAGAUCGCGGUGUUCGACGCAACAAACACCACAAGAGAACGCCGCGACCUCAUUCUAGCGUUUGUGAAGGAGAACGCAUUCAAGGUGUUCUUCGUGGAGUCGGUGUGUGACGACCCGGAGGUCAUCGCUGCCAAUAUUCUGGAAGUGAAAGUGUCCAGUCCGGAUUACCCCGAGAGGCACAGAGAGAGAGUUAUGGGCGAUUUCCUCAAACGAAUCGAGUGCUACAAGGUCACUUAUCAACCGUUGGAUCCCGACAAUUACGACAAGGACCUCUCUUUCAUCAAGGUGAUGAACGUGGGCCGGCGCUUUCUGGUGAACCGCGUGCAGGACUACAUCCAGAGUAAGAUUGUCUACUACCUCAUGAACAUCCACGUGGACUCCCACUCCAUCUACCUGUGUCGGCACGGGGAGAGCGACCACAACGUGGACGGCCGCAUCGGAGGAGACGCCGAACUUUCUCCUCGAGGGAAACAGUUCGCCCGUGCCCUGCGAGACUUCAUCGAGGAGCACGACCUGUCGGAUUUGAAGGUGUGGACGAGCCAGCUGAGAAGAACCAUCCAGACAGCGGAGGAGCUGGGCGUCCCUUAUGAACAGUGGAAGAUACUCAACGAAAUCGACGCAGGUGUGUGCGAGGAGAUGACUUAUGAGAUGAUCCAGAACUCGUUCCCAGAGGAGUUCGCUUUGAGGGACCAGGACAAGUACCACUACCGUUACCCUGGCGGGGAGUCCUACCAAGACCUGGUCCAGCGGUUGGAGCCGGUCAUCAUGGAGUUGGAGCGGCAGGGCAACGUGUUGGUCGUCUGCCACCAGGCGGUGAUGCGCUGCCUGCUGGCUUACUUCCUGGACAAGAGUGCAGAAGACCUGCCAUACAUGAAAUGCCCGCUCCACACAAUCCUCAAACUAACGCCUGUUGCAUAUGGUUGUAAAGUGGAGAUGUUUCAUCUUAACGUGGAGGCGGUGAACACGCAUCGAGACCGGCCUCUUGACAAAGUCCCGAGGGACUCCGCUCUCAUACACCGGCGGAAUAGUUACACGCCCUUGUCCAGUCACGACCAGGUCAAGCGCCCCCGGCUCUACAGCGCGGGCAACCAGCCCUGGCUGCCGCUCGCCCCCACCCCAUCGGCUCUGAUGCCAGAGGGACGGCAAAGCCAACCUCGGACCGGGAGCGGCUGCCUGAGUCCCUGUGCGAAGGAAGCGACUUUGACAGCUGCGAAGAAACGAGCGGCUGCGUCCGCUUCUGAGUGAAGACCGAAGCCUCUUUCUUCAAGGCACAACGCGGUCGACAGUCCUGGGUUCGGUACUCUUCUUCUUUUUUUUUUUUUUUUUUAAAUGAUCAGACUAUAUUAUUAUGAUACUUUUUGGUUCCAUCUAUCUCAACCUCUCUGUUUAACUUACCGCUCUGCAUGCCGAGGCUUUGAACAGGAAGCCGUGUCAUUAGUACCAUCAACGCUUCUGCAUGUCGACAAAAUCAAUCAAACAGGCAACAUAUCGUCAUUAUUAAUAUUACAAUGCCUUACUGACUUUAAAGUAUAUUGAUAUAAUUAGCUCUCGUGCAUGAAUGUAACGAAGAAUUGUGCAUCAUUAUAAUGGAAGACAAUUUUCACUAUUGCAACUGGAAUAUGUUAUAAAGUAGAAGCAGUAAACAUAUUUUUAUAAUAAAAAUACCCUCAUCUACCUGCAUAAAGCUGUAGAUCUUAUGUAGUCUGAGCCAUCAUAUCUUAUGUAUUAUGUCAUGAUGAGGUUUAGAUUUGAGAGAAUGUAUUUUUCGGGUUCUGUAGUAAAUUCAAACACCGAAAUGUCUUGUUACAAGCAUUUCUGGACAUAUUGUGUAUUCGCAGCAGAUAAAACAAAACUGCCAUUUCAUAAUGUUGACAAACUAUUAUCUGUCCCAAUAUUCACCAAAUCCUUAGUGCUUAUCAUUUAAUCGGUUAAUGCGUUGUUUGUCUUGCCUAAUAUAUACGAUAAAGGGAUGUUGUACAACAAAAGCAUAUCAUGUGCUGCGGUCGAGUUAACACGUUCAGUCAGCAACGUUGACUGACGGAACAAAGAGAAUAAAACAAAGCUGCGUCGCUUUGACCCGGUUCACGCUGCUGCUGCACGUCGGCGCUUUCAUUGUUCUGUCGGGUCCAUUUAGAAAGAAGCAUUCAAGCACAGACGUGGUUGUUGCUUUGUUGCACAAGUUAGGCAAACAAACACAGCUAGCAAGCUAAUGCAGCUAGCUCAUAGCUACACGGUUGAACUUGAAUAACCGCCAAUAACACCGCGAAGUGUUCAGAGGAAGCUUCGAUGUUUUCUGAUUGGGGAUCCAUGUUUAUAAAAGAUCCACGAUCGUUAAAUCCCGCCAUCGAUUAACUCUUAGCAGGGUAACCGAUGAGGGCAGCUCCACUUUUCAAUGUGUACAUGUUUGUGGGUCACUUCUUGGUUAAUUGUACGGGUUCGGUCCCCGUGUGCCUCACGCACUUUCACCCCGUGUAACCUUUUACCACGAUGAUGGAUCGCACUGAUUUUACAUUCGUAUUGUCCUCACGACAUUUUCAUGCCCAUCCCAUGAACAAACAAUAAUAAGCCAUUUCAAAUAAAGCCACUCCCAGGUUGAGGUUAUUAUCUGAAUCCGUUUCAAAUGAACUCUGCCCUUUGUCAUAUUGUGUAUUAGCAGCAGAUAAAACCAAACUUGGUCUUCUGUCAAAAGCUGCCAUUUCAUAAUGUUGGCAAACUAUUAUCUGUCACAGUAUAUAUAUAUAUAUAUCCUUAAUGCUUAUCAUUUAAUCAGUUAAUGCAUUGUUUGUCUUGCCUAUAAAUACGAUAAAGGGAUGUUGUACAACAAAAGCAUAUCACGUUGAUGAUCUGUUACCUAUUUCUUGACAUUUGUGUUAAUGAUACUGGCCAAAUUCCAUAUCAGUUCAUAUUUACCCUUUAAAUUAGAUUUACAUCAGUUGCAUGUAGUUGCAUCACAUCUUGCGUAGCAAGAAAUACUUUCAUUUAACGUACUAAUAUUAGACAGUGGCACAAGUUUCAUUAUAUGACUGUAUAAUAAUUUUUUGCUGAACCCGCCUAAUUGUGCCUUUUUAUUAGCAAAUAAAAGUGAAUUCUAAAGUGAUAUGAAAUGUUUUUCCAGAAGAAAUGAAGGCGAAACUUGACGUGUGAUAUUUUCCAAAUGGUUAUUCUAAUAUUUGUGCCCUUAAUUUAAUUUUUUUCUGUUAAAUACUAAAUUGUCUCACCAAACGUACAGAAAAAACUUUGCUUAAUACAUUUUUGGUCUCGAAGAUGGGAAGAUAUUUUAUUCUGGCACAGAUAACCCUCCCAAAUUAAUGUAAUCAAUUGUUUUAUAGAACAGGAAACUAUCGUGUUUAGUCUGACAGAAUAAAUGCGUUCUAUUCUCUUGA